CUUAGACCGAUGGGAGAGACCAGCGGUGUCUGUUUCCUGUUACAGAGUGACUGACUGAUUGAGAGAGGGAGAGGAGGAGGUGCAGUAAAGAGUAAUUUUCCCCCCCAAGAAGAUACGAGCAACGCUUCUGACCUCUCAACUUUUAUAGUACAAUGAAACUUAUUGUGCACUUACCUUCUCUUGAAAUAAGCUGCGUCACAUUAUUACUGGUAUCACUAUUUUCCACUCCAACAAGAAGCGAAAUAACAAGUCUUGACAGCGGAAACAUUGAUGACACUUUAAACAAUGCUGAUGUUGCAAUGGUGAAUUUUUAUGCAGACUGGUGUCGCUUCAGUCAGAUGUUGCACCCCAUCUUCGAAGAGGCCUCCAAUGUUGUUCGAGAACAGUUUCCCACUAUGAAAGAGGUGGUGUUUGCUAAAGUGGACUGUGAUCAGCACUCGGAUAUUGCCCAAAGGUACAGGAUCAGCAAAUACCCAACAUUAAAGCUGUUCCGUAAUGGGCUUAUGAUGAAGAGAGAGUACAGGGGUCAGAGAUCAGUCUCUGCCAUCGCAGAUUUCAUCAAGCAGCAGAAAGUGGACCCUGUACAGGAAAUGCACAGUUUGGAUGAAUUAAAAACUCUUGAUAGAAGCAAAAGGAACAUAAUUGGCUUCUUUGAGGAAAAAGAAUCUGACACCUACAAGACAUUUGAAAGAGCUGGAAAUAUUUUACGAGAUGACUGUGUCUUCCUUGCAGCAUUUGGGACUAUCUCCAAACCAGAAAGGUUUAGCGGUGACAAUGUGAUCUACAAGCCUCCAGGGGAGAACACCCCAGACAUGGUCUUCCUUGGGUCUUUGACCAACUUUGACUUGAUGUAUGCCUGGACACAAGAUAAAUGUGUUCCUUUGGUCCGGGAAAUCACUUUUGAGAAUGGAGAGGAACUUACAGAAGAAGGCCUGCCUUUCCUUAUACUUUUCCACAUGAAGGAAGACACGGAGAGUCUAGAGAAGUUUCAGCAUGAAGUGGCACGACAGCUAAUCAGUGAGAAAGGUACAAUCAACUUCCUGCAUGCAGACUGUGACAAGUUUCGACACCCGCUUCUGCACAUUCAGAAGACACCAGCAGAUUGUCCUGUUAUUGCAAUUGACAGCUUCAGACAUAUGUAUGUCUUCCCAGAAUUCAGUGACCUAACUGUUCCAGGUAAAUUAAAACAGUUUGUGUUGGAUUUACACUCUGGAAAACUUCAUCGAGAGUUUCACCACGGGCCGGAUCCUACAGACAUCACACCUGGUCAGGAGAAAGCAGAAGUUGCCAGCAGCCCUCCAGAAAGCUCCUUUCAAAAGCUAGCACCAAGUGAAACGAGGUACACCAUCCUGAACAGGGGUCGAGAUGAACUCUGAGCACACAAGGACUAACUUGAAGACACACACUUAUGAGCCUUGAAAUCGGGAGCGUCGGCCCCGGAGCAGUGGAAAUAACCUAUAUUUUCAUAACUCUUAUGUGUACAAUUUUUAUUUUGGAUAAAACUGAGAAAAUGAUUCUCUUGUCAAAAGGAAAAAAUAACUAUCUUGUUUUUACAGCUUGUAAAUAUGUCUGUGCUUAGUGGGCUUUCUAUGCAGUAGCUAAAAACAAAGCGAAGCAUGUAUAUAAAAAUAUACAUAUUUUCUUUUUUCUUAACUGUACCAUAAACCCAUCUCCAAUCUCUUAAUGAAUUGAACAGAUUUUGGCAUUUAUUUAAUACUAGCCAGUCGCAGCCAGGAUUUGUAGAUGUUCACUUGCACUAUUUUCCUGCGGUCUGUUUUUUCUUUUUCUCAAUGUCUCAACUUUCACUGCAUGUGCUUCUGUUUUUAUUUUUUUUUUAUACAAUAUUCUCCAAAAAAAAACUUCAAAACCGCUCCACAUCCCAUCACAGCCCAUUCCGAAGGGGAUCAUUUUCUUGUUUACGUAUCUUUAAAGGGGGAAGACAACAAAUAAAUUAAAAUGUUUUACAA